AUGGAGCCAGAUGACUUGGGGAACAGGACAACAGUCACUGAGUUCAUCCUUCUUGGCCUGACAGAGAAUGUAGACCUGCAAUCUAUUCCUUUUGUUGUCUUUUUCUUUGCAUACAUAGUCACAGUUGGAGGCAAUUUUAGCACCUUGACUGCCAUUUUAGUGGAGCCCAAACUCCACACUUCCAUGUACCUGUUCCUGGGGAUCCUGUCUCUGCUAGACUUUGGGUACAUCACAGUCACUGUUCCUCCAAUGCUGGUGUGUCUCCUGGUCCACCACUGCAGAGUUCCCUAUGCUGCCUGCCUUUCACAGCUCUUCCUUUUUCCCCUCCUGGUUGGUGUGCACUGUCACCUCUUGACAACUAUGGCCUAUGACCGCUACCUGGUCAUCUGCCAGCCCCUCACCUACAGCACCCGCAUGAGCCGAGUCCAGGGUGCCUUGGUGGGCAUCUGUUGCACUGUCUCCUUCAUCAAUGCUCUGACUCACACAGUGGCUGUGGCUGUGCUCGAUUUCUGUGGCCCAAACAUAGUCAACAACUUCUACUGUGACCUCCCACCUCUGUUGCAGCUCUUGUGCUCCAGUAUCCACCUCAACGGGCAGCUGCUGUUUGUGGGAGCCACCUUUAUGGGGGUGAUCCCCAUGAUCCUCAUCUCAGUGUCCUAUGCUCACGUUGCUGCUGCAGUACUGCGAAUCUGGUCAGCUGAGGGGAGGAAGAAGGCCUUCUCCACCUGUGGUUCCCACCUCACUGUAGUCUGCAUCUUUUAUGUAACUGGUUGCUUCAUUUACAUGUACCUGGGAUCUGUUUCAGCCUCAGAUAAGGACAAAGGGAUUGGGAUCUUUAACACUAUCCUCCGCCCCAUUCUGAACCCAGUCAUCUACAGCCUCCGGAACCUUGAUGUACAAGGCACCCUGAAGAGGGUGCUCAUAGGGAAGAGGCCUCCAUCAUGA